CAACAACACAACUACACGACGAAACAUCCUCAAUCGACGUGCAACGCUCGAACAAACCUUGCGCAUUUUCUUGUUGUAUCAAAAGGGUAUCAUCGUCUCUCUACAGCUCUUGCACGAACUUUGAGGGCACUGGCCGAGUCCAACGCGUUUCAACACCGCUACAUACUGGUAUACAUAGACUGACGACGUCAUCAUGAGUGACAAUGAUUCCCUACCGGACGUUGAUUCCGCUAUCCACCCCGGGCACCCCCCCGAGGAAAACCUGGACCCCGAACUCAUGCUCGACCUCAUCAACGACCUCUCCGCUGAGUCCAAACGAAUCCUCGACCUUCUUCUCGACGACACCGUCAACUUCGAACCCCGCGUCCGCGAAAUGCACGAAGACGGCCCCAAAAGCCGACGUUUCGCACUCUUCUUGCGUCGCUUCGCCGAUACACAGCAAUACUUCUCCUCGGGCACCACAUUCAUCGACGUCGAGAAAGUCCUUUCAUACCUCGAUGACGAGGAGGAGGGAGUCGCGAAACACCGCACGAUGUUGCGGAUGGCAAAUUACGCUUCCCUCGCGUCCUCGGUCUUGACGCAGACGAACCCUGAUAGCAUGACGGAUAGAUACGAGGCACUCAUCGAGACGGACGACGUUUUCCCGGAGUAUUUUGGGGCGAGUAUGAAACUCGCUGCACCGAUUUCGGUGGAGAUCCGUACCCAGUUGUUUAUCUCCAUGAUGGCGCUCGCGUUGGCGCCGGAAGAGGAGGACCCCAAUGUACCACAGUUCAUCGUAGAAGCAUUCAACCGUCCCGGUGCGCGUAAACCCACCGGACAAUUCGCUAAAUUGUGUGCGGCGCGGAUGAAGGUACUGCAAGAUAUCGAUUGGAAAGACGAUGAAGCGGCUUUGGCGUGUUUGCAAAAGUACUCUUGGUUCCGGUUCGUUGCUAUCGUGUGGGCAUUCGCGAAGGAGAGGGUCGAGGAGUUGGAGCAAGAGGGCGAGGACUUUUCAGAGGGGGAAUAUUCGGAUGAGGAGGUUGGGGAGGAAGCGUUGGCGCCGGAUGUGGUGGAGUAUUUGCUUGAGCCUGGGCGUAUUGCGAGGAGGAGUUUGGGCGCCGUUGAGAUUGAGGCUACGCUGCAACAAGAAACUCAAGCACGAGUCGAUGUGUUCGAAGACCAGCCGGAGGUUGUGGAGGCCUUUGACGAGGAGGAGGAAGAACCCCCGAAGGAGCUGACUCUGAAGGGGAGACAAAGCCCGAGGAAGAAGGGGAGUUUGCUCGAUCGUCAGGAGACUGCAGAAAAAGUCACUUUCGAAUCUCAGGGAUCUCCCACGCCUGGGCGUUCUGCUGGCCCAGCUCCCAGACGAAGCCAGAGGAAGCGCGGUAAGCAGCCCGAAGAAAGCGAUGCGGAGGGCUUUAAUGACGAUAUCGUCCCAAACCAAGAUAAGACGAACAAGCGACGGAAGGGUUCGAAGAGGAGACAAGAAGAAGAAGGAGCGUUGGCGGCUGUUAAUGAGGAGGAUGUGGAUUUGGAUGCGACGCAGGUUGAACGCGAAAAUGGGGAUACGGAGGAGAUUGCGCAACGUGAAGGAUGGGAAGAUGAGCUCGAUCCGCCUACCACCGAGGAAACACAGAAAAAGCCAAAAGUCGAGUUCAAACAGAGGCGCGAGGACGAUCAACACGACGAAGCCGACGAGGACGAAAACGAGGACGAAGGAGACCAACAACGACCCCGCGAAGGCAGCCUCACCGUGUCAGACCUCCACCGCGCCCGCGGCCGCGCAAACGCCCUCUCCCGCCGCCGCGCUGCCGCCCGUCCCCGACAAACCCGCACCCCCUGGUCCCUUGAAGAAGAAUCCUGCCUCCUAUCCGCACUCCAACGCUACGGCUGCCAGUGGGCCCUCAUCGAGAAGAAACAUGGGAGGACGGGGAGCGUGGAUCAGGUGUUGAGGGAGAGAGGACAGGUUUCGUUGAAGGAUAAGGCGAGGAAUAUGAAGUUGGCUUUCUUGAGGGCGGGGGGGGAGGUGCCGUGGGAGUUGAGGGCGGUUACGGGGAGGGUGCAGGUUGAGGUUGGGGUUGAGGCUGAUGAUAGGGCGGAUGAGGAGGCUAAGGGUGAGGAGGAAGAGGAGGAGGUUGAGGAGGAUGCUUGAGUGUGUUUGUUCGUAUUUUUUUGGGAUUGGAAGGAUUAGGGUUGGGACAUGGUCGGGGAAAGUAAUGUGUAAUGGACGUCAUAUAUUUCGUGUGGAUUUGUGCCCCAAUGGCGCGUAAUGCAAAUGCCUCUUCGUGUAU